GCAAAUAUACAACAGCAAUUGCUCAAGAACGUUUGGAAAACCCUUCAGAUCUAACUAAUUCUGUCAAUCUUCCACCUGUCCAACAUCUUGACGAAAAUGAAUUAUUAAAUCGAUUGAAAGAUGAGACUAAAGAACGUCAACUUGUUGAAAAUUAUGAAAUGGUUGGAACUGUAAGAGGUGGUGUAGCCGCAAAUGUUAAAUCGGCUGCCGACAAACUUGAAAAUGCUUUGAAAACUCAACAUAAAUAA